AUGGAUUCUACGUCAUAUUCCACUUCUAACAUAGUGGGAUACUCUUCCAAUUUACCCACUCGUUAUGUCCAUUUACCAUUGAAAUAUCCAGAGACUUCUUCUACUUCAGAUGGUACUGCUGCUACUGGUUCCAACAAGAAACUCUUACCAAAUGAACAAUUCCAACAAAUGUUAUCCAACUGUGGUGAUAUAAUCAACUUAACCAAAUAUGGAUUAUUAAUUGAUUUUAUAUCUUUUCAAGUUCUUAAUGAUUUAAAAACAAUCAUUUUAACGCCAAUUAUUUCACAAUCAAAUAAUUUCAAUUUUCAAUUUCAAAAUAUUCAAAUUCAAUUACCUCAUAAAAUUAUAUCAAAUAAAUGUAUUACUUUACAUUUCCAAGAUGAUAAUCAUAAACAUGAAGAUGGUAAUUUAAUCAUUGAUUUAAUUGAUGCAAAUUAUUUAUUUAUAAAUUUAAAGAUUUCAUUAUCUGAUUUUAUUAUUUCAAAUGUUAAAAAACUUAAUUUAUUACAUUUUGAUAAAUGGGGUCACAUAUCAGUUCCUUAUUCAUUUGAAUUAAGAUCCUCUCCAUUUUAUAUUAAAUCAUUAGAUACUAACAAUUUAGUUGUAUCUUUGAAAGAUGGUGGUUUCAUUCAUUUUGCCAGACCAACAAUUUUACAAGAUUUUACCGUUUAUAAUUUCCAAGAAUCAACCGCGUCUUUACUUCCACCAUUUGGAGGAUUUUUCAGUGGAUUUUUCAAACCAAAACAAGAAAUUAUCUUGGAAGGAAUCUCAUCAAAUUCAAUUAUUGAUGUCGUGAAAAUUCUGAAUGAUGUUAUUGUUGCAUUGACAGUUUGUAAAAUGAUUAAAGUUUGGAAUUUAUCAUCUCAUCAAAAUAUAACUUCUCCAUUACAAUUAGAUAAUGAUGUUUUAAAUAAUCAUCAUGAUAAUUGGAUUACAUCGGUUCCAACUAAACAUUUACAAUUAUUGGAAAUUUAUGGAACACAAUAUAUCAUUUUGUUUUUCAAUUCUGCAGCAUCGGAUAAGAUUGAUUCCAAUAAGAGUAGAUUUGUAUUUAAAAUAUUGGAAAUUAUUGAUUAUUCAGAUUCUAUUGAAUUAAAACAAUUGGAUAAGUUCACGUUCCAACCAGAAAUACCAAAUUCUUUAUUAUCAUCAACGAAAGAUUCAGAUGCCUCAGCUAAAGAUUCAACAUUUCAAAAUAUUCUUUGGUUUAUUCAAGAUUUCCAAACUGAAUUUAAUGACAAUGUGUUACAAUAUCAUAUUUUAUGGAAAUCAAAUACUUCAUCUAUGGUUGUUACUUAUAAUAUUAAUUUUGAUCACGGCACUAUAACUUCCAUUAAUUUAUCACUUCCUGAACAUUCUCAAGAUGAAGAAGAUCUUUCACCAUAUCAUGAUAUUGAAUAUUACCAACAAAAGAUUUUUAAUUCUGGCAGAUAUGAUAGUUUAAUUAUCGAAACCUCGAUUGAAAUCCUUCGUUCUCAUUGGAAAUUGGGUCCAUAUGAUGGAGAUAAACAAGAAGAUAUUAGACAAGUUGUAAUGGAAACAAUUAAUCAAUCAUGUAAUACAAAAGAGAAUGAAAAAUCAUUUUGGUUUAAAUUAGAUUUAUUAUGUGAAGAAUUUAAGAAAUUAUCUCAAGAAUCUUUAGCAAUUUCAUUAACCAAUAAACAAUCAAUGUUAUUAAGUUUACAAGUGAAUGGAUUUGGUGUUUUCAGACCAUCACAUUAUUAUGAAUCAUUUGCUAAUUAUAAAUUAACUCCAGCUGAUUCACAAUUAAUGACAAUCUUGAAUAAAUUCCGUACUGUUGUUUCAUCAAAGACGUAUCAUAGAUUACAUGAAAAAUUAUUAAAUACGUCAACAGUGACACCUGAACAAGUUAAUGAAUUAUUUCAAAACCAUAUUCGCUCCAGAUUCACAGAUGAAGAAAUUCAAUCCAUCUUGAUUGAAUUAGAAAAUAUCCCAGGUAUUUUAGAAAUCAUUAAAUCUUUGAUUAAUUUAAAUCAUGAAAAUGGCUAUGAAUUAGUCGAUGAUGAAGAAGCUUUCUAUACGAAUGAAAUUGGAAGUUUUAGAAAAUUAAAUGCAAUGAACACAUUUAAAGCCAUCAAAUCAAAACAUGAAGAUUUAUUAUUAGAUCUAGUUUCAUUAUUCUUAAUCUGUGAAACCAAUGAAGAUAUCAUCAGUUUAAUCAACCAAACCAUCGAAAGUUUGAACAAUUAUAACAUAGCAAGCAUAAUUUUUGACACUUGUUUCAAAGAUAAUUCAUCCCACGCCAGAAUUGAAACCAUUGGAUUAUCAAAACUUGAAAAUUCCUUAUUUUGGACUUCAAUAGUUGCCAAACAUCCAAAAUUAAACAAAUUUAUCCGUCAAGCAAGAUUUAAUGAAGCUUAUGAUUAUUUCUAUAAUGAUAUUCUCCUUUCCCACAACACAUCAUCAUCAUCAUCGUGCAGUUUUGUGGUGGAUGUAUGUAUUGAACUAAUCAAGCGUGAUGAAGGACUUUUCUUGAAGAAAUAUUUCUUGAAUCGAUUGAAUAAGGCUAGAAUUGUGGAUCGAUUCUUGAUGGGAUUGAUAUUUUUGAGAAAUGGCGAUUGUGAUGAGUUUUUUGAGAUUUUUGAAACAUAUACUCCAUAUGUUGACUUGAGAGAUGAUUUGGAAUUACAGAAUAAGGUAUAUACUUUAUGUGAUGGUGAUGGUGAUAAUGAUAGUAUUAAAGUGUUUUUAGAUGCUGUGUUUAGUCAAGAACCAGAUGAAAAGUUGAGAGAGGCGGAAUAUUUCGAUUCACUUUGUAAAUUAUCCCAAGCACAAAGUAAGCUUGCAUCAUCUCAGAAUGUUAUAAUUGUAUCAGCUCCUCCAGAAGAUGAAAUGCCGGAUAUAAGUAUCAACUGUGACGCUAAGGAUAAUAAACAAAUCAAUGAUGAUUUUAUAAAUAUCGCAUUAAAGUUUGAAAAUAAAGCUAUCGAAAUAUUGAAAUCUACCAAUAGUCAUACCGAAAUAAUAUCCACAUAUUAUCUAAAAGUAUUCGAAUUAUCAUUAAUCAUUUCCAAAUAUGAUCUAAUUUAUGAAUCAUUAUCUAAUUUAUCCACGGUAUCUCAUCCAAAAUUCAAACAAUUAUUCCAACAAUUCAUUUCCAAAUUAGUUUCUCAACUGAAAUUAUCCAUCAUAUGUCCACCAAACCCCAACACCCUAUAUCGUCAUCAUUUCUCAUUGAUUGAUUCGAUCUUGUUGGAAUUGGCAAGUAAGGAACGAUAUUUGGUUAAUUCAUUGAAGUUGUAUCAAUAUUUAUAUUCAUGGAGAUUGUUUGGGGUUGGACAAGAUUUAGAUCUGUUGGCGGAUAAGAGAGGUGCAAUUGAGGCGUUGUAUAUGUUUAUUGAAAGGUUUAAACAUUCAAAGAAUGAUGAUGAUUUGAUUAUGGGCGAAGAUAGAGAAGAUUUAUUGAAGUGUAGAUUAAAAGUCUUGGAAUUAUAUAUGAUUAUUUUGAAUUGUUUGAAAACGUUUGAAGAAGAUGAUGAUAAAUGGAUCAUCAGUCAUGGAAGUGAUAGUAAUAGAAUUGUGAAGAUUGAAGAAUUAAAAAUUGAAUAUCUUGAAUGGUUGAAACAAUUAUCUGAUUCAAGUGAAGAACUAUUAAUAUCUUAA